GAAAAGAAGCGAAACUAACUUUCUCUUUCCUUUCCCUGCGGAGGAGGCGGCGAUGGCGGCCGAAGCGCCCUUGCAGGAUUUCUUGGUAGAAGCCACCUGCUCCAUCUGCCUGGACUUUUUCCACGACCCCGUGUUCAUCCCCAAGUGCGGCCACAACUUCUGCCGGGGCUGCCUGACCCGCAGUUGGGGGACGUCGGAAUCGGAGGCUUCCUGCCCCCAAUGCAGGCAGACCUUCGCGCCCCGCAGCGUCCUCCGCAACAGGCAGCUGGCGCGGCUGGCUGAAGUGGCCAGGCAAUGCGGCGGCCAUCCGGGCGAGGAAGGAGGGAGCCUCUGCCCGAAGCACUGGGAGCCCCUCAAGCUCUUUUGUAAGGACCACGAGACCCUCAUCUGCGUGGUCUGCGACCGAUCCAAAGAGCACAAGGGCCACUGGGUGAUCCCUACGGAGGAGGCUUUCCAGGAAUACCAGAUGAAGGUUGAGGAUUGCCUGAAGGCUCAGAAGGAGCAGAAAGAAAAAAUAGCUACAUACAAAGGAGACAUAGAGCAAAAAUUGCAGGAGAGGCUUGAAAUCAUCAAACAAGUGAAAAAAAAUGUGGUUGCUGAAUUCAGAGAGCUACAACUCUGGUUAGAAGGACAGGAGAAGCUGUACCUGGAAGAGAUUUCUGCAUAUGCACAGAAACCUUUUUGGAAUCUGGUGGCUCUCAAAGAAUCAGAGGAGCAGUUCACGGAGACAAAAGGCCCUUGCAAUACCACAACUGCUGUUGUGCCUUUGCUGCCACAGAUGGAGGCUGGAGUCCACAAGGAAUUCAUCUGA